CGAACGAGAUCAACCAUGACCCACUCAAUGCAAACCUCCACUUCCUACAGGCGCACUUUUGGGAGCCCACACCCCAUCUCCAUGUCCUCCUACUCUCCUGUGUCUACCCGCAUGACCCCGUCUAGCGGACGCUACAUGCGUUCAUCCUCACCUAUGGUGGCGUCCCGGGCCACCUCCUACCACCAGCAGCGUUCCCGCCCAACCACUCAGCCCUCUCGCCUCUCCUACGACAAGGUGGACUUCACCCUGUCUGAAGCCAUCAACCAGGAGUUCUUGGCCACCCGCAACAAUGAGAAGGCCGAGCUGCAGGACCUCAAUGACCGUUUUGCCAGCUUCAUCGAGAAGGUGCGUUACCUGGAGCAGCAGAACGGUGCGCUGCAGCAGGAGCUCAACCAGUUCAAGGGCCAGCAGCAGCACGGCCAGCCCAACCGCGUCUCGGAUCUCUGCCAGGAGGAGAUGAGGGAGAUGAGGCGCCAGCUUGACGCCGUCGGCAAGGAGAGGGACCAGUUCCAGAUGGAGAGGGACAACCUGGCUGAGGACCUGACUCUGCUCAAGCAGAGGUUGGAUGAAGAAGCUCAGAAGAGGGCAGAUGCUGAGGGCAACCUGGUUUCCUUCCGCAAGGAUGUGGAUGAUGCCACGUUGGCUCGUCUGGAGCUGGAGAGAAAGAUCGAGUCUCUGAUGGAUGAGAUUGAAUUCCUGAAAAAGCUCCAUGAUGAAGAAAUCCAGGACGUACAAGUGAGUGUCCAGACCCAGCAGCUGAAGAUGGAGGUGGACCACAGCGCCAGGCCUGAUUUAACUGGUGCCCUGAGGGACAUCAGGGCUCAGUAUGAGACCAUCGCCUCAAAGAACAUGCAGGAGUCCGAGGACUGGUACCAGUCCAAGUUUGUGGAUUUGACUGAGUCUGCAAAGCGCAACACUGACGCGCUGAGGCAGGCCAAGCAGGAAGCCAAUGAGUCCAGGAGGCAGAUUCAGUCCCUCACCUGUGAAGUUGAUGCUGUGAAGAAUACGAAUGAAGCUCUGCUGAGGCAGAUGCGAGAAAUGGAGGACCAGUUUGGCAAUGAGAUUGGCAACUACCAGGACAAUGUGGGCAGACUGGAGGAAGAGAUCCGCCAUCUGAAGGACGAGAUGGCUCGCCACCUUAGGGAGUACCAGGACCUCCUCAAUGUGAAAAUGGCUUUGGACAUCGAGAUCGCCACUUACCGUAAACUGCUGGAGGGGGAGGAGAGCAGGAUUACUGUCCCCAUGUUAAGCAUGGGUAUGAGCAAUCACUUUGGAGACCGAGACUAUGAACAAACUCCAGUGAGCGGGAGCAAGAGGACUGUGCUGAUAAAGACAGUUGAGACUAGAGAUGGAGAGGUGGUGAAGGAGUCCAGGAGGGAGAAGGAAAGAGACUCAGGCCACAGUGAUGGAGCCGACAAGGACGAUAAGGAAGAGUAGAUGAAAACUGAUUAGAACAUGUGAAGGCCAGUGCCAUCGUAGAAAAUAAAUACAUGGAAAAAAAAAAAGAGAAAAUUCAUUAGAAAAAAAGAGAACCUGAUACAUAUAUAUUUAGUCCUCAUUGCCACUAGUUAUGUGUUUAUCUGUUGAGCAA